CCAUACUGAGCCGUUGGGCUGUAGUGCAUUCAGGGUCUUCGCAGUCUUUCUCAUGCUAAUGGCCCAAACCCCACGAGCAGAUGUGAAACAUUUGGUUCUGUUCUUGUUCAGUUGUAAAGAAAUAAUGUGACUUUGUUGCUCUUAUUUUGCUGUGCGCUGUUCCACUGCUUAAUUAAGAUAAAGGCAGGACACGUCCGUGGCAGAGCAGUAAGAGAGCUCUCAGCCUAGGUGGGCCAGCAGAGCGGCAGGAUUCCGGGGAGGAAGAGAGUCCGGGAGACGGUACAAAUGUUUCCAAACAUCCGAAGUUUUGUCAGCAGGCUGACCAAAUGACGCACUGGUCUAACUGCUUAGAUGAAAAAGAGCAUUACACGCCUGGUGGGGGCUGAAAUAGUUUUAGCUUUCAGUCAUGCUGUAAUGUAGGUUUGCAUUCAUCUAAUUAGCCCAGUAUCUAUAUGCACAUGCUUGUAUUCUGUGCAAGCUGUGUAUUACAGCACCUUCAACUUCAUGCUUGUAUUCUGUUCAAGAUUAUAACAAUGCAUGGUAAAGUCACUUAGAGUUACACAUAUUAUAUUUCAAAUAAUCAAAGACAAACCUAAAAAAAUACCCAAAGUGAGCCUAUAUGAUACAUAUGUAUUAUAUAGACUCAAUAUAUGAUACAUAAAACCAUUUUCUGUGGUUUAUGGAAAACUGUAAAUAGGUUCCCUGUUGAAAGUGCAUGAAAUUCUAUAAGCAUGGAUAAUUAUUAUAUUUUAUUUUAUUUAAAACUAUAAAAUAAAUUCAUAUGAUGUUUUAACUGCUCUGUUCCUUUUAUUGUAUUUUUGAAAUGUAAUUUUCAAAAACCGAAUACAAGUUAAACAUUCACUGGAAAUAAUGAAUGAUUGACUAAACAGCCUACUUCAUUUGACUGCCACCAAAGAUUGAGAAAAUUAUAUUUGCAUUCCAUUUGAGCAUGACAGUUUUUCAGCGGUGUGUGACAAGUUGGUGACACUGUUACCGCCCACUCAGCGUUUCAUGGUCGCUGUUAUACAAAUUCAGCAGACUUUACAGGGAUUGAUCGCAAGUGAUUGGACAUCGACAUGUCUAUUAUUAAUCACGACUUCCAGAAGUUAGGUGCAAGCACCACACGCAUGGACAGCCCAGUGGAGAUAAAGUUUACGGCAACUCGAAAGAUCUUAAUAGAACACAUGAAUGGAUGUUUUGUUUGUUUUCGUUGGUUUUGAUAUAGAUCAUAUUUCAGAAAUUUAUUUUUUAAUUUUAAUCAAACCAGUAAGAUGGGUUUACCUUUGUGAGGAACUAUCAUGCAGGAAUAAUAAAAGUAAUAUCUCUGCUCUAGUUUAGAGUUAAACCAACAGUGCUUAUACACAUGUAAAACUAGAAUAUUUUCAGACGAUAAUAAUAAUCUAUAUACGGAGCUCAGACACGGAACACGCGUGGUUACAUUCGAGACCCGCACGUGCGAAAUCCAGUCCACUUUGGAUCCGUUCUCGUUGGAUUCUCCGUCCGUCCUGCGUUUUUUGAUGGCAAGACCCGAGGAUGUCCGUCUAGCAUGGCUGUGGUUGCGACCCGAGCGACCCGCGGACCGCUAUGGCAUCUAGCACCGUCGUCCUGGACCCGCUGUCUAACAGGAGCAUCUUCAGGAAAUUCGUUCUCAUGCUGCUGUCCAUCCUCGCCUCUCUCUACUUUCUCCACUGCCUCGCCGAGCGCUGCGGCACCUCACCGUCUCCGGUGCGAACCUCGGAGGUUGCCACGGGGCUCUUCGCCUCGGAUCCGAAUCACCUGCGGUCUCCGAGGAGGAAGAGACUGCUGCAGAAAUGGCCCGCCAAAUCGCCUGUGAGGGACCCGAGUGUCCGAUAUCGGUUCGACGGCGUUAUGUCCGCCGGAGAGGAAACCGAUCUGCCUGGACUUGAAGAAGAGGAAGAAGCGGAUCCCGCCGUACAGCCCGACAUGAGGCUCCCUGCUCCGUUUGGCGCGGAUAUUGUGGCGAAACCCUCAUAUUUUGGGCCGGAUAAGCUUAGUUCGCUCGGUGAGGGCAGCAAGCGGCUGCCUCAGGCCAUCAUCAUCGGGGUGAAGAAAGGAGGGACGCGCGCGCUGCUGGAGUUCCUUCGCGUGCAUCCGGACAUCAGGGCGGUGGGGGCCGAGCCGCACUUCUUCGACCGAAAUUAUGACAACGGACUGGACUGGUACAGAGAGCUGAUGCCGAAGACCCUGGAGGGGCAGAUCACCAUGGAGAAAACGCCCAGCUACUUCGUGACUCGCGAGGCUCCGGCCCGGAUCUACUCCAUGUCCCGCGCCACCAAGCUGAUCGUGGUGGUGCGGGAUCCGGUGACGCGGGCCAUUUCGGACUACACCCAGACGCUGUCUAAGAAGCCCGACAUUCCCACCUUUGAGAGCCUGACCUUCAAAAACAGGACGUCGGGGCUGAUCGACACCUCAUGGAGCGCCGUCCAAAUCGGCAUCUACGCCAAGCACCUGGACAACUGGCUGCAGUUCUUCCCCAUGCGCCAGAUCCUGUUCGUGAGCGGCGAGUGGCUGAUCAGCGACCCGGCCGGAGAGCUGGGCCGCGUGCAGGACUUCCUGGGACUCAAGAGGAUCAUCACGGACAAACACUUCUACUUCAACCAGACCAAGGGCUUCCCCUGUCUCAAGAAGGCCGAGGGCAGCAGCAAACCCCACUGCCUGGGUAAGACCAAAGGGAGGACCCACCCCAACAUCCACCCGGAGGUGGUGCAGAGGCUCCGAGACUUCUACAGGCCCUUCAACAUGAAGUUCUACCAGAUGGCUGGGAGGGUGUUUGGCUGGGAUGACUGACCACAUGAAGCUCAGAACGAAGGACCGUACACUGUGAGACCUAAUCUUAGUCACUGCAGUCUUAGCACUGCAACUCUACCAACACAGGAGGAAUGAGAAUAGUUUUAUUGCGCCACCAGCAAACACGGACAUGCACAGCACUUCACCUGAGCAACAUCCUCCACUUCACAACAUAGUUCAGGCAUUUCUUAUGCCAACACGGGGGGUCGCGCUCGGGUCACUUGUUGAUGCCUACAACGCUGCAGUUAACAGUUCCGCCUAAGAACCAGGGACGAUGGAUGCGAUGACUUGCUCCAGGCUAACUGAAGCAGCAGAAAACACUGACCAGUGCAACAUUGCAGGCCUACAGGACCAAGUCGCAUGUCUGUUAUUCUAACCGUCAGGAAUUUCCCAGAGCUUGGACCCACCAGAACGUUGUGAGUUAAUGCAGGGAAAAAUUUCUGAGGAAGCGUGCAUCACUUUGCAGUGGGGCAUGGACCACAAUGCCCCGUCCCUGAAUCUUAGGACACAGAAGCGUUCUGCCUAAAUUUCU